AUGGCUCCUGUCCUGUUAGAACCCACAAUUGUUGUUUCCCAACCCAGUACUACUCCAUUGAAGGUAUCACUCAAUGGUACUGUUACAAAUGGAGUUGAUUUGACCCUGAAGGCACGUCCUUGGCGACUCCUGCACCUUGCCGAUGCCCUCAACCCUCCGGCCCAAGAGGAACAUCCGGAUAUUAAUAUCCAGCGACUACUCCAAUUGGCAUGGGUUACUACUAUCAGGGCAUUUUCCUGCUCAACAACUCUAUACAUUGGUCAAGACUAUCCGAAAGGCCAAUGCUACAUAGGCGAGGCAGCUCAUGGCUACUCAAAGCCGACCGUCCAGAUUCACGUAGAUCCUCAUGAUACCGUGAGAGAUCUGUUCCGCGAAAGCAUUGAAGCAUUGGGUCCAUUAUCCCAGAUUGGAGUUACCGAGAAUGGCCACAACGGCCAGGCUGGUGACAAUCCCGGCCUCAACGUGACAAUCUUCUACCAGAAGCAAUCGGCAGAGCGCAUUCUGUCUGGUCUCGAUGCAUGCGUCGGCCAUUGCCAGGCCUGCUGUAGCAUACCAAUGAAAGAGCCAUCGGAGGUACACUCGAUAUUCGCCGGUCUCCGACUUUCAAUACGCCAUACCUCCGACGAUAGGUUACACGCACGAUUGGAUGUUGGAAACACUAGCAUCGGACUGCCACUAGCUACAAGCCUCCUGAACAGCUUCAGCCAGGCUCUGUCAUCAAUUGAUGGCUCAUCCACACAGAGCAUCGGUAGCCUCGAGUUAUGCUCGCAGCAAGAUCGUGACCAGAUCACCCAAUUCACUGCAACCAUCGAGCCUGCCCAUGACGGCCUGCUGCAUGACCUUUGUUUACGACACGCGAAGACAACACCCGAUGCCCCCGCCGUUCGCUCCUGGGAUGGAGAUCUAACAUAUCACCAACUCGGCGAAUUAACUUCCCGGUUAGCACAUUGGCUAGUGGGACAAGGCGUCGGACCAAAUAUCUAUGUGGCAUGCGCCUUCUACAAAUCCACCUGGGCUAUUGUAGCCCGAUUGGCUGUCCUGAUGGCUGGUGGUGCAUACAUCUGCGUCGAUGGGAAUGAUCCACCACCAUACCUUGCAUCCGCGCUCGAACGCACCCAGAUAAAAAUAAUGCUCACGGCAGCCGGAUACAGAGAGAGAUUCGCCGAUCGAGUCGAAACACUCUUCGAGGUCAGCGAAGCUUCCGUCUCCAGUUUGCCAUUGAAGACUUCGGUCCCUUGUUCAACCGUCACACCCACCGACCCUUGCGUUGUGCUCUUCACAUCCGGCAGCACGGGAAAACCAAAGGGAAUCAUCCAGGAGCACCGUAGCUAUGUCUCGGCAUUGACGGAUUACAUCCGUGUCAUGGACAUGGGACCGCAUAGCCGGAUGUUCCAAUUCGAUUCGUACACUUUCGACAUCAGCAACAAUGACUUCCUGACGCCUCUCAUAGCUGGUGGAUGCUGCUGUGUCCCCACUAUAUCUCUGACAAUGGAAGCUCUGGUGACCGACAUGAACAAUCUGGAGGGGAACAUAACGUUCAUAACACCCUCCGUUGCCAUCGACCUGGAACCAGACAGCGUCCCCACUCUGAAGAUGAUCUGUAUCGGCGGCGAGCCAGUCUCAGAUGCGGUAUUGGCGAAAUGGCUGGGCCACGCGCAGGUGGUAAACCAAUACGGCAUGGGCGAGGUAGCUUCCCUCUGCGCAUAUAAUCGCAAUCUCAAGAUGGGCCGUGGGUCGGUCGUCGGUCGUCCUGCCACCGGUGCAAUCUGGAUCGUCAAUCCCGAUAACCCCGACCAACUGAUGCCCGUCGGGGCUGUGGGAGAACUUCUCAUUGAGGGCCCCCACCUUUCCAAAGGAUAUCUAGACCACGUAUCUGGAAAGUCGGAGAACUUCCUCACUGCGCCACCGAUUUGGAUGGCGCAGCUGCACACCGACAGACCAAUUCACCGUCUAUAUCGCUCUGGCGAUCUAGGCCGGUACAACCACGAUGGCACGAUCGAGCUGAUGGGCCGCAAAGAUAGCAUGCUCAAGCUCGACGGCGCGCGCGUCGAAGCAGGCCAAGUUGAGUACGUGCUCCGACGCAACUUGUCCACCGGCGACUCCGCUGUCGUGGACAUUCUCGGCGCUGUCGAUGGCCAGGGUGAUCCUAUUCUUGGAGUUUACUUAUACUUGGCCAAUAACCCCAUGAACAUGGAAAAUGGUCCAGUUGAGGAAAUGGAGUUCCGGCCCAUCAGCGAUAGACACGCUGUGUAUGCGCUCACCCAGUCGCUGAGCGAGGCGGUCCGCCAGAGUUUGCCGAAGUACUAUGUCCCUGCGCUGUAUAUCCUUAUUGAUAGAGUCCCGCGCACCAAGUCUAAAAAGACGGAUCGGCGUAAGCUUCACAUGUUAGGACAAGCUUAUUAUAUGGAACAUCGGGAAGAGCUGGAGGGAAUUACGGUGUGGCUAGAUUGGAGUAAGAUAUAA